AUGGAGCUUCCUGCCCUUGCCGGCACGGUCCUCGCCGUGGUUGUCAUCGGCAGCUACUUGCUGGAGUCUUUCUUCUUCCUCUCCAAAAAUCCACAAGAGCCAGAGUACAUCAGACCCCGCGUGCCAUUGAUUGGCCAUCUUCUCGGUCUCAACAAGUAUGGCUCUGGAAACUACUUUACCAAAGUUGGAACCGAAGCCAAAGUCAAGAUAUUCUCUGUGCCCAUCUUCUCCUUCAAGUUCUACGUCAUCGCGGAGCGCAAUUUCAUCGCGUCGAUUCAACGCAAUGCCAAAACCAUUUCUUUUGCGCCCUUUGCAGCCAAGGCGUCUCACAACUUGAGCGGUGCCCAUGAGAAGGCCACCAGCUUGCAAGAUCACCUUGGAGGUGGACCAGAGGCUAAAGAAUUUGAUCGAGUCCAACGCACGACGCUGGCAGCUGGUCCUGAGCUCGAUGACAUGAGCCUUGUUGCGACGCAAGUGAAACUCGAGAUGAUUGACAGGCUGGCUGCAGAUGCCCUCGAAUCACCCGAGACAGGCACUCCGAUUGAUUUGUUCGCCUGGUUGAAGCACGCGAUUGGGCUGUCAGCGUCGGAAGGGAUGUUUGGUCAUCUCAAUCCGUUCAAGAACCCUGAACAUGAGGCUGACUUCUGGACCUUUGCUGAUCAGGCACACAUCCUUCUGCCUGGAGGCAUCAUCGCCGAUCUGUUUGCGAAAAAGGCAAUGCAAGCGCGGGAACGCAACGGUCAACGUUACGAAGAAUAUGUCCGUCUUGGGGGCCUGGAGACAGCUUCAGGUCUCAUCAGGGGCCGGUCACGGGUCAUGGAAGAAAAUGGAGUGUCCCCUCGUGAUAUUGGGCGUAUCAACGUUGGCUUCGACAUUGCCAUGCUGGCCAAUUACGUACCCACGACGUGGUGGUCCGUUUUUGAGGUAUUCUCCCGCCCGUGGCUAGUGGAAGCAAUUCGCAAAGAAGUCCGCAACGCCGUCAAGACUGACGAGGACGGCGUCUUCUGCUUGGAUGUCUCGGUCAUCAAGUCGGCAUGUCCUCUGCUCCUCUCUUCAAUACAGGAGGCACAGCGCCUGCACACCAUUCACGCUCACAUUCGCGAGGUUCUUCGCGACACGACCAUCACAGUAGACGAUACGACGCAGCUUCUCAAAAGCGGCAACUAUGUUCAGAUCAACGGCAUUCCCAUUCUCCGAAACGAGGAGACGUGGGGCGCAGACGCUACCUCGUUCGACGCCUACCGAUUCAUCAAGAUGAAGAAGAAGCCCGAUGCGCCAGGCGUAGCUGCGCCGGGAGACUUGGCGCCUCACUCAUUUCCCAUCUGGGGUGUGGCCCCUCAUGUCUGUCCUGCGCGCUGGUUCGCUACCACUGGCACCAUGACGCUGAUUGCGUUGAUGACUUUGAAACUUGACUUUGAGGUUGCGCCGGAAUUCAAAGGCGAGGGGCCUUCUGGAAGGGAGUGGAGGAUGCCCAAGAUUGAUGGGCUGUUUGUCGCCCUGCAUUCUCCUGCUGAGCCGAUCCCUAUAAUGGUACGCUCGAGGAAAGAAUUUGAAGGCAAGUGGAGGGUCGAGACUGGAACACCGGGAACGAGGCUGCAGUUGUCAGUAGGUUGA